AUGGCUACUGCAGGGGACAUGCCAACUGUAGGGGACAUGCCUACUGUAGGGGACACGCCAACUGUAGGGGCCAUGCCAACUGUAGGGGACAUGCCAACUGUAGGGGACAUGCCUACUGUAGGGGACACGCCAACUGUAGGGGCCAUGCCAACUGUAGGGGACACGCCAACUGAAGGGGACAUGCCAACUGUAGGGGACACGCCAACUGAAGGGGACAGGUCUACUGUAGGGGACAUGCCAACUGAAGGGGACACGCCAACUGUAGGGGACAUGCCAACUGUAGGGGACACGCCAACUGUAGGGGACACGCCAACUGUAGGGGACACGCCAACUGAAGGGGACAUACCAACUGUAGGGGACAUGCCAACUGUAGGGGACAUGCCAACUGAAGGGGACAUACCAACUGAAGGGGACAUACCAACUGAAGGGGACAUGUCAACUGAAGGGGACAUACCAAUUGAAGGGGACAUGUCUACUGUAGGGGACAUACCAACUGAAGGGGACAUACCAACUGAAGGGGACAUGUCAACUGAAGGGGACAUACCAACUGAAGGGGACAUGUCUACUGUAGGGGACAUGUCAACUGUAGGGGACAUACCAAUUGUAGGGGACAUGGCUACUGUAGGGGACACGCCAACUGAAGUGGACAUACCAACUGUCGGGGACAGGUCUACUGUAGGGAAAGUGUCUAAUGUACUACAUGAGACAUACCUACUCUUCGAAAACUCUAGCUGA